AUGCUGGGCCUGGCCGCCUCCCACCUCGACAUCUACGGUGCUAACGUUUCGUCCCAUGCCCUAACCCACCGUGUCAAAGCCAUCACCCUGUUGAAUCAAGCGUUGAGCACGCGCCCGACGUCUACAGCGGAAGCGGACGCCAGGUUUGCCGCCAUCUUCGCCUUGGCCUUUCAAGCCUCAUGCAUGCCCGAAGGCAUGACCGAGUUCAUGUCCAUGAUCAAAGGCUGCCAUGUCAUUGCGAAAACAUCACUAUUGGAGUACCAAGACUCCCUCUUUAAAGUCUUUACUCGAGACGGCUAUGGCAACAGCGUUCGGAAGAUACUCGGGACGGCCCCCAUUGUUCUUCAACGAAAAGACGAAGAUCUUCUUUCCGGCUUUCUCGAGUCCCUGCGCGCACUUGGGCCCCUUUGCACCAGCUCGUUGGAGGUUAGGUUCCUGGCUUCCACUGAGCACGUCGUCAAGAUCGCAAGAGUGUCUGCUGCCGAAGCCUUUGCUCACUUUUCUGAGCACUACGGUCUUGUCCUACACGCGGCACCCGAGGAAUAUGCCCCGUUCGUAGACCCCAAUCACUACCCGGCGCAGCUCCUCCUCAUCCACUUCGUUCUCAUCGAGUUCGCUAUUGGCUACAUCGCCCUCGGCGAAGUUGGCCGCCGCUUCGCAUAUCGAGAGAAGUCCUGCAUCGCCUGGAUGAAUCAGCUCGCCGCUAACCUACCAGAGCGCUACAAGAAGUACGCCGAGUGGCCCAUGAAUUAUGUUCGGACCGAGCUAGGCGGCUGA